AUGUGGAAAGUAAUAAAAAAUAUGACAAAAAAAGUAAAUUGUCUUUUUUAUUUUUGGAUUUUAACUUUUUUUAUAGUACAUACUGAAGUGAAAAGUAAAGUGUUCCAUGGAACUUUUAAUAUAAAAAAAAACAAAAAAAUUCAUUAUUUAACAAAGUUUAGCUGCAAUAUAGGAACUUGUCAGUUCAAAAUUAAAAUGAAACUUAAAGACAAUAUAUAUGCAAAAUUACUUCAUAAUUAUUAUAAACUUAAUAAUAUACUACUAAAUGAUGAGAGAAAUAAUGCAAAUAAUAAUUUGUUUAAUAUGAAUUAUGAUAAUGCUUACUAUGUAUUAAUGAAUAAUAAUUUAGAGUUUAUUCCUCAAAGAAUAACAUUAAUGUUAGAUAUUGAACAAAGAUACGUAAAUAAAAAUGAUAAGUGUUUUUCCCUUGGAAAACUAAGAAAUGUGAAUAAUUUCAACCUACCUUUUAAUUUUAAGUUCUCUGAUUUAAUUAAUAGUAAAACAUAUGAUAACUUAAAUUUUAUAAAUGAUAAAUAUUCUAUAUCGUUCAACAAAUUUUAUAGUGAAUUAAAGAGUAAUAAAUUAAUGCAAAAAGAAAUUUUAAAUUAUACGUCUUCAAAAAAUGAAAAAAAUAUGAAGUAUGAAUAUAAAAAUAUUUCUGCCAAAACAACACAUCGUGUUCACGUUUGGUUUUUAAUGUAUGAUGAUUGUUAUGAUAGCUUUAUUAAUAAUUUGAAGUUAAGUAUAAAAACUAAAGUAGCUUAUUGGGAGUAUUUAUUACAUGCGUCAAAACAUAAUGAUAUUUCAAGUCUAGAACAAGCAAUGCCAGAUGAUGACACAAAAUUCUACGACUCAAAUAAUUUUGAUAAAAAAACACUUGUGGAAGAUCCUAAAAGACUUUUAUUUUUAGAAAAAAACUUUACUAAAGAGGAGAUAGGAGAUAUGUCUUUCUUUAUUAAGCAUCAUGAUUUUGAGAAUAUGAGAGGUUUUACUGAUAUGUAUAAUAGUUUAUAUAAAAGUGGGGUUUAUGAAAAAAUAAUUGAUCAUAUAUAUGAAAAUUAUGGGUUUACUGUUGAAUAUGAAGUUAGUAUAUUUCAAGAAAACAAAUCUCAUUUUUCAUAUGAAUUACAGUAUUCUACCAUUCUUACUUUUAUUUUAACUACUUUAUAUAUAUUUUUAAUUUUUCAAUAUGGUGGUAAAAUUAUUCAAAAUGUUAUAUCAAAAGAAAAUAAACAUGGAAUGAUUUUAUGUGUAACUUUUGUAAUAUUAAUACAACUAUUAUCAAAUACUAUUUUAUUUAUUCAUUUAUUGGUUUAUUCAAAAGAUGGUAUUGGUAUACAAUUUUUUAAGGUUUUUUUUAAUUUAAUGAAUUUUUUAGCUCAAAUUAUUAUGUGUACUAUGUUGCUUUCAUUGAGUUAUGGUUUAACUAUUUUUGAAUCAAGUAUCAACACUUUCACAAAGAUUAAAGUAAUAUUUACUUUUACCACAUUUUUUCAUGUUAUUUUAGUUAUAUUAGAUAAUACAUUCAUUAUGGAAUCUUCUUCAAAAUAUUUUGAUAAUGAUAAUAUAACUGGUUAUAUAAUAGUAUUUUUAAGAAUAAUUUUAGCUAUUAUAUAUCAUGUUAACCUAAAUAAUUUAUUUUUAAUGUCAAAGACUCCACCAAUUCGUAGUUUUCUUAAAAAAAUAUACAUAUUUGGAUUAUUUUACAUACUUUCAUUUCCUAUAAUUUUUAUGAUAUGCUAUAUAUUUGAUACAUAUUGGAGACAAAGAUUCAUGAUGUUUGGAACAUCUUUUUUACAGUUCAUUUCUACCUAUUUUAUUACAAAAAUGUUCUUAACCAAUUCAGAAUAUUUUAAAGUUUCUGACAUGUCAGCAAGUGAUCUUCCUGGGGCAACACCUAGUUGGUUUAAUCAAAAACUUCACGUAUAUUAA